UCGUCCGUCAAAAUCAUAUGAUACCCUGGGCGAGGUGUUGAAUCGAUUUUCUCACCCAUUAUUUUGCUGAGUUUUCCACUAAUUUCUGCCAUGAAGGGGUGCUUCUUUAACAUCGACAACGGAUACCUCGAGGGGUUGUGCAGGGGGUUCAAGUGUGGCAUCCUCAAGCACACCGAUUAUUUGAACUUGGUGCAGUGCGAAACGCUGGAAGACCUAAAAUUGCACCUGCAAAGCACCGACUAUGGCACCUUCUUGGCCAACGAACCGUCCCCCCUGGCGGUCUCGACCAUUGACAACAAACUGAGAGAAAAACUGGUCAUAGAGUUCGAACAUAUGCGUAAUCAAGCGGUUGAACCCCUCUCCACCUUCAUGGAUUUCAUCACGUACAGUUACAUGAUCGACAACAUCAUCCUCCUUAUUACCGGGACUUUACAUCAGAGACCCAUCGGGGAAUUGAUCCCUAAAUGCCACCCGUUGGGUAGUUUUGAGCAAAUGGAGGCGAUCCAUGUGGCUUCCACUCCAGCGGAGCUCUACAGUGCCGUUUUAGUUGAUACCCCUCUGGCCCCCUUUUUUGUCGAUUGCAUUUCCGAGCAGGAUUUGGACGAGAUGAACAUCGAGAUUAUCAGGAAUACUUUGUACAAGGCCUAUUUGGAGGCUUUUUAUAAUUUUUGCAAGGAAAUCGGGGGCACCACUGCCGAAACUAUGUGUGAGAUUCUUGCUUUUGAGGCUGAUCGUAGAGCCAUUAUUAUCACCAUUAAUUCAUUUGGUACUGAGCUCUCGAAGGACGAUAGGGCUAAGUUGUACCCUCGUUGUGGACGUUUGAACCCUGAUGGGUUGGCUGCACUCGCCCGAGCUGAAGAUUAUGAGCAAGUGAAGGCAGUGGCCGAAUAUUAUGCGGAGUAUUUCAAGCUUUUUGAGGGGGCAGGCAAUAACCCGGGCGAUAAAACCUUGGAGGAUAAGUUCUUCGAGUACGAGGUGCGUCUGAACAUCAACGCUUUUAUGCAGCAGUUCCACUUCGGGGUGUUCUACUCCUAUUUGAAGCUGAAGGAGCAGGAGUGCCGAAACAUUGUGUGGAUCGCGGAAUGCGUGGCCCAAAAGCACCGAACCAAGAUCGACAAUUAUAUUAAUAUCUUUUAAGCCCUUUUUGUUAAAAAAGUAUUGAUUGAUUUCAUUCCAUAAAUUGUAGAUAAAGACUCAUAUUAUUAUAUAUUGCUGCUUAUAAAAUUACACGACUCAUUGUAUUGUUUAUGUUAUUAUAUUGUACACAUUAUUAUUUAGGUUUAAUAUAUUGUGAAUUUCCCCCUGUUAAUAAACGAUUUAAAAAUUUAAA